GGCGGAUGAUGAGAUGUACCAGCGGACGCGGGUGAUGGUGCUGGAGCCGGAGUCCCCCAACAUCAUGUUCAUCGAGAGCUACAGCACUCGCGGCUUCACCAUCAGCGGAGACGUGGUGGUGGGGCCCUGCGCCGUGCUGCCCCGCAGCAUCCUCCAGUGGAACGUUGGCUCCCACCGGGACAUCUCGUACGAGAGUCUGUCGCUGUUCCGGCUGCUGGAGCCCCAGAUAGAGAUCCUGGUGCUGGGCACAGGGGACAGGGUGGAGCGGCUCCACCCCGCCACGCUGAAGCAGAUGCGGGAGUGCGGGAUUGCUGUGGAGGUGCAGGACACGGCAAACGCAUGUGCAACCUUCAACUUCCUAAUGAAUGAAAGGCGCUUGGUGGCUGCUGGGCUCAUCCCCCCGCGAGGCACCAGCGGGAUGUAGGCACUGCGUGCCUUGCCCAUGGGCUGAGCCGUUCUUCCCCUGCCUGCCUGAAGCCCCCGAGGGUCACUGCUCUCAACUGAGAAAUGCUGCCUAGUGUUUCUGUGGAACUGCCGGCUGGGUGAUGGCUCUGCGAACAGGAGGGCUGUGAAAUACACGGGCUUACCUCUUCCCUGCA